AAAUCGUACAUUAAUUCAUUUGAAGUUUUGAACAUUUGCAGAAGAAACAGAAUGAGCAGAGUGAGAGCUGUUGACACUUCGAUGGCGAAGAAGGGGACAGUGAUGCAGCUAUCCUCCGUUUUUCCGGAGGAGGAGGUGCAGAAGGCGUCUAUGCGGGUGCAGGACACAAUCGCCGAGCGCCGCCGCGAGCUAGAAAAGCUCAGGAGCUUCAAGGACGACAACACCAGCUUAAUCAACCUCGUUCGGAAACUUCCCGACGAAACUCACCACGAUAUCAUGGUUCCGUUUGGGCAGGCAGCUUUUUUCCCCGGCCGAAUGACUAACCCUAAUAAAUUAUUGGUCCUUUUAGGGGAAGGCUACCAUGCUGAGAGAUCAGCCAAACAAACAGUUGAGAUCUUGAAAAGACGAGGAGAGGCUAUAGAGUCCCAAAUUGAGUCUCUGAACGCUAUAAUGGAGGACUUGAAGCUUGAGGCUUCAUUCUUUGAUAAGACAGCCCAUGAAUCAGCGGAGGGUGUUGUAGAAAUCAGGGAAGAUUACAUUGAGGACGAUGAAGCUCCUUCUGGCACAGCACCUACAUCAGGUAAUAAAAGCUCUGUUUCUGCUCCUCCUGUCAAGGUGGAUAAUGGGGAAGGUGCAGUUGAAGAUGAAGAAUACGCACGCAUAUUAGCACGGAUGGCUGAACUUGAAAAAGAGGAGGAAGAAGCUGAAGAGGCAAAUGAAUCCGAUGAGGACGAGAAGUUACAAAAUGAACAAGAUAACGCCCUCAGGCGUGACUCUACUGAUCGAACUAAUCAAGAAGUUAGAAGUAUUCCGCCUGCAACUCGGGAGGCGCCAUUGGUAUCUAAAGGUGGUGCAUCUCAUGGAGAUCCUCCAGCACGCAACAAGGAUUCCGAGCUACCUCAAAAAGAAAAGAAGAUUUUAUCUCCUUUCCCAGCCAGCAACACAGCCUUUACUGGUUCGAUCGUAGAGCAUGACCAUAACAUCGGAGGGAAUGCACCACAGCAGCAGGGCAGUGCUCGGAGCUCAAAGCCCCUUUCGAGGUUUAAGAUGCAGAGGAAAUAGCAUGUAUAGCUUUCCGUCCUUCACAGUGGCAGUGAUCCGGUGGUGCUUCCCGCCUUCAUCCCCGUCGGCCGUCCUCGUCAGCACCGACAAGUAGUAGUAUUGUUUUCCGUCUACCGUCGGAGUCGACGUCUCUAAUAUGUUUGCAGUUGCAACUGUGCCGGACUCAAAACCACCCUGCACAUAUAUUUUUAUAGUUUUAAUUUUAGAAUUUUUAGUUGUGGAAUGGAGAAAUAUUUUGAUAGAAGUAAUGGAAUUAUGAUUUGGUUGUCUUUGAA